AGGGUGUUCCUCCUGUGUCUGGCCGUCCUCGACUCGAUCAACUGCUUCAUCGCCAUGCCCACCGAGAUCUACCUAAUGGCCCAGUUCUUCUACUUCCCCAACGCCGUCUACUGCAGCACCUCCCGCUUCAUCACGUACUUCAUCAACAACGCCACGUCCGCGGUCUUCCUCUUCAUCGCCAUCGAUCGCUACUUCCGCAUUUGUCGCCCCUACAGCUGGAGCUUUUCCAUAGCCCGGGCCAAAAUGGCGUGCGCGGCCUCCGUUUGUAUCGGCGCCAUUGUCUCCUGGCCGGCGCUGGCGUUCUACGGCAACAAAACCGUCACGUUCCAAGCGGACGCUGACGUACCGCUGAACGUGACCGGCGUGCUGUGCAACGUACGGAACGGUUACGAAAACUCGCUGGGGCCCGAUGUGUUUUUUAACUAUCUCUGGUGCGCCUUCAUCACCUGCGCUAUUAUACUGAUCGUUUUGUACAGUUUCAUCGGGAGGUCCAUCCUAAGGAGGCGGAGGAAGAAAAAACUGAGAAUGAAACAGCAGGCCGGGGGUUCGCCUCCGGAUCGCCAAGUGAACGUGAGUCCAGGAGAGCCGGGUCACGUCGGGAUCCAGCCGUUGGGAGCUCAUCACGGCGGCUGCGUGCCAUCAAACACACCCGACGCCGCGCGGGGGAACGGUUUGUUGGUGGGUGAGACAAUCGACGCGUCUCAUCUCAUUCCGCUGGAUGUAUGCGAAGAGCACGACGAUACUGAAGGCCCGGCCGUGCCGAUGCAACAGAGGUGUGAGUUGGUCGAGUGCGGCGACGUGCCAGAGUGUAGCCAGCAUUUCUCGGAACACGGCGUCGUGCAAAUAGCAGGGGGUCAUGACAAGUAUGACGUCGACGAGGGUCGCCGCCCGCUUAUUGACCUUCGACAGGUUCCGGGCGUCGAAUGGGACGUGCUACUGAAAGACCGCCACGAUUAUCAGACACGUGACCUUGGCGGUCAAGACGAAGAUUCUCAAACUGUGUUACUUGAACGAGACGUCGAAAACUGUGUUAGUUCUAAAACUUUGGACGUACCCGAAAAUCGAUUGGAGGACCUCUGUUUUCCCAAUAGCGACCUUUCCGCACAUCAUAUUGCCGAUAAUGUCAAUCGACGUUCAAACGCUCUUUCCGGAUCUCAACCUGUGAACCAAAGCCUUAAUGAUAACCUACCUGGAUUAGGGGACGAUUUCAAACAUAAUUCGGAGGACACCCCCGGGGUAAGAGAAGCAGUUCACCUCAACUCCCAGCAGCAGACGAGGCCCGUCUCGGGACUUGGCAUCCCCGAUAGCCCCCUAUGGGUGACGUCGCGCACGAGCCACGAGGCUGCCGCCGCCGCCACCGCGGAGGACGCCACCGCCAAGAGCGUAAACGGAAACUGCCUGCCCGCCCACGCCUGGAAGGCAAGGAUCCCCAAGUCCACGCUCAUGCUCUUCGCCAUCACGCUCGUCUUCGUCGUCUCCUUCCUGCCGUUCCUCGUCGUCAUCAGCAUCCGCCAGCAGCGCGGCCCGGAAUUCUACCAACGGCUCUCGGCGGCCGAGGAGAUCCUGGUGCACAUCUUCUCCCGGUCGUACCUGGUCAACAACUGCGCCAACCCCAUCGUGUACGGGCUGUGCAACGUGCAGUUCAGGAGACAGGUGAAACAGUUGUUCGCGGAAGCCGGCAGACUUUGCAGGUUGAAUGGGGGGAAGGAUAUGGAGGGACACAAGACGACGUGAAGCCAGCCAUCUUUCAAACCGGUUACAAAUUAUAACUAUGUGUGCAUUAAAAAUCAAAGCUGA